CAUUCUGGCGAACUCCUGCCUCAAAGCCAAGGCACAGCACCAACCUGCAGCCUGCAACCUGGAAACACCUCGCAUCGGCAAGCCGGCCCCCCGAGCUGCAACCCAUCCCAUCACCGACGUCCACAGCUUCAACUUCCUGCGACCCGUCUUCAUCGCACAGCCGUCUCCAUCGCCCCCGACCGGCCGUUUUAUCUCCCAUUUUCCGUUGUCGCCGCAGCUCCGCCCUCAAUCUCUCAAAAUGACGGACGCCUGCCCUGUGUACGCGCCCUUCUUCGGCGCCAUGGGCUGCACCGCAGCGAUCGUCUUCACCUGCCUGGGUGCCUCGUACGGCACCGCCAAGUCGGGCGUCGGCAUCGCCGCCAUGGGCGUCCUCCGGCCUGACCUCAUCGUCAAGAACAUCGUUCCUGUCAUUAUGGCCGGUAUCAUCGGUAUCUACGGCCUCGUCGUUUCCGUCCUGAUCUCCGACGCCCUGACACAAGACAACUACGCCCUGUACACUGGCUUCGUCCAGCUCGGCGCUGGUCUUGCCGUCGGCCUGGCGGGUAUGGCUGCUGGUUUCGCGAUCGGCAUCGUGGGCGAUGCUGGCGUCCGCGGCACCGCGCAGCAGCCGAGGCUCUUCGUCGGCAUGAUUCUGAUUCUCAUUUUCGCCGAAGUUCUGGGUCUGUACGGCUUGAUUGUCGCGCUGCUCAUGAACUCCAAGGCGACCCUCAACAUCUCGUGCUGAAGGUUCGCGCUCACUACCGGCCACGGACGGCUGUAUGGGACGGACAAGCUGUAACUAUCCACGGGACACCAUACUCCGACGUGGAAAUACCUACAACAUGGACGCCGUCUUUCGACUUUACAUGUUAACGUCAUGAGAAAGCGCUGGGCGAGGGCGUCGACCAGAGAAGUGGUGGAGGGGUGGCGGUGACGGAGCAAGUUAUCAGGAGGGCGAGCAAGCGGCGCAUCUCGGGGGCACGGUUGGUUAACGGCUUCGCGGGAGGUGCAUGUACUAUUGUCACAUUUAUGGUUGCUCAUCGCUCUGGGUCCUGGGUUUCUCGUCAUAGACGGAUGUGGUGGGGCGAGACUGUAGUCUAAACUGGCAAUGGUGUUGCCACUGCG